UAAUAUAGGAUGAGAUUGAUUCAAUUGACUGAGCAAAAAAGCCAGUAUUUCUGCAAAAGUAAUGAUAUUCACCUUAGUACAACAACUCAGUACAUUAAUUAAUUUUUCUAUAAAGAAUCAAAAACCAGAAAAGUAAGUUCAAUUUAUCACGGAGUGAUUGUUUUUCCAGUUGACUGGGAGUAAAUCUAGCACAACUCUCAUUGCUGCUCUUGAACUUUGAGGUGUUGAGAUUUGGAGAUUGUGUAGUAGGCAGCUGUUGCUCCCACAUCGGAAGUGGAACACAUAAGCUCCAGCAUUAUAAGGCUUUGUAUGAUAAGAAUUGGGCACGACCUUACUUGAACAGGAUCUGUUCUAUAGGUUCGUACCACUGUAUCCUUGAUUCCUAAGGAGACAGAAAACCAAGUCUGGUUGAUGACUCAUGGCCAUGAGACUAGAGCGUGAUUAACAGUCACCCGUGGCUCUUCUAGUUGUGUGGUCCAGUAGAUGAUCGUUCUCAGACCUGUUGUUGAGGUCUGAGAUGGUUUCAUGGCUGUCUGACAGACUCAUUUCUUUUUGCUUUUUCGUUAACAACAAUGUCAGUGAGUUUCGUAUCACAAAACUUGUUGCCAAAAUGAAUGGUUUGCACUUGGCUGACCUAAACAAGCACUUCACUAUGGGUUCUGUUGGACUGGUGCUUCUAUGUGACAAACACUUCUAGUUCUACAUUAACUAGACUUACACGUCUUGCAUACACCAUACAGUUUGAUCCUUUAAGCAUGAAAAUGAAAACCAAAUGGUUGCAACUUGCAACCAUUAGAAAUUGACUUGCACUAUCAGAACAAGUAUGAUAUGGUCCAAGAAAACUGUCCCACGUGAAAAAAUGUUUAUAUCCAAAGAAAACAACAACAACAAAUGCUUCUGUCCAAGAGGAGAAUACAAGAGCAAUUUACUAACAUAUAUUAAAAAAAGUUUCUUGGCAUGUCUAAGAACCCUGCAGAUGUUAACUUUUAUUUUAUUGGUUUCCUUGCUAGCAAGCACCAUCAUUCUUUUCUUCAAUCCUCAAAUUCUUUAAGCAUUAUAAAAGGAACACUUGUUACUUAGACUGUGACAUGUCCAGGAACCCUGUAGAACUUGACAAAAAAAUUACUGUAUAAAACUUUUCUCAUUUUAUUGGUGUCUUUGCUAGAAACCACCAUCAUUCUUUAAGCAUUUGCUCUUGUUUCCUUCAUCUACUAUUUUCCCCAUUUUAGACCUAUUGGAAAGAGAUGAAAACUGAGAUAAGGACCAGAACUGAGAACAACUAGUAUCAUUAUUACCGGCUAUAUUCAAGCUUUAGAAAGAGAUGUCUGGGGAAAUCGAAGAGGUCGGAGAAGAUAUCAAGAGUACUACAAUGAGCAGUAAAGAUGCAGAAACUGGUGAAGUUUAUGUAGUUGUCGGAAAAAAUGACUUGCAUGUUCUUCAAUGGGCACUUGAUCAUGCUAUUUCCUCUGGAUUUCGCAUCUGCCUCGUGCAUAUUUUUCCUACCAUUAAGUACAUCCCAACACCAGUUGGGAACUUAUCGAGAAGCCGAUUGAGCAAAGAGCAAGUGCAAGUCUACAUCAAUGAAGAGAGUAACCGGAGGAAGAAUCUAUUGGAGAAAUAUAUUCGCCUAUGCAAUGAUGCCAAAGUACCAGUUGAUACUAUGCUUGUCGAAAGCAAUUCACCAGCUAAAGCAUUACUUGACCUAAUUCCUGUUGUCAAAAUUACCAGCCUUGUCAUCGGAACCAGGCUAUCACGUUCCACAAGGCGAGCAAGGAAGGGACAAUAUAAAGGAGAAUAUGUUCAAGAAAAUGCACCAGAAUUCUGUGAGGUUAAAGUGGUAGGCGAAGUACAGCAACCAAAAGAGAGUUUUAGUCGAAGGCAGCCUGAGAUUCCAAGACAUUCUGACAGGAAUUUCCUUGAAUGCAUAUGCUUUUCUAGAAAGUUUUAUUGAAACAUUGAAAGCAAGAAUGUGACAAGUUAUUUUCCCAGUACUUUAACUAACUGUAGACCAACAUAGACCAGUAUAUUUGCUUCUUUGGAUUCACUUUGCAAAUUGGAAACAGAUGUUUGUUACUAAUUUACAUGUUUAACAAAAUAUGCAUCUUCAGUUAAA